CCCAGCCUCGGGUGCCUGCUUCAGAAAAUGAAGUCAUAAACUGACUUGUCUCCGCCAUCUUAGUAGAGAAGCAUCGGUGAGAGGAAGAUGCAGUGGGGCACUCUCUGGAAAGUUCUGGGACUCUGCCUCCUAUCAGUUGGCGCAUGGGGGCAGGAAGAAAAUGAAGAAACUGGUUCUUCCGCGCUCAGACCAUAUAAAGUCUCCAUCUCAGGAACCACGGUAACAGUGAAGUGCCCUCUGGACACUGAACAUGACAUAAAUUGGGCAAAAAAGGACCAAGAAUUAAAGGAUUAUAAAAACCAGGAAGACCUAAUACUGGAUAAUUUUUCAGAAAUGGAAAACAGCGGUUAUUAUGCUUGCUAUACAGGCAAUAAGGACGAUAUAAGCCACUAUCUCUACCUGAGAGCAAGAGUGUGUGAGAACUGCAUGGAGGUGGAUGUGAUGGCCGUGGUCACAAUUAUCAUAGUCGACGUCUGCAUCACUCUGGGCUUGAUGAUGCUUGUUUAUUACUGGAGCAAGAAUAAAAAGGCCAAGGCCAAACCUGUGACUCGAGGCAUGGGCGCUGGGGGCAGGCUCAGGGGACAAAACAAGGAGAGACCACCACCUGUUCCUAACCCAGACUACGAGCCCAUCCGGAAAGGCCAGAGGGACCUGUAUUCUGGCUUGAAUCAGAGAGGCAUCUGAUGACAGAGGACCAAGGACACUGCCUCCCACCGGCCUGGCUCCUCUCCUGGCACCCUGCAACUCCCCAUUCCCUGGGCAAGGCUUAGACCCUGCAAGAAGAUUGUUCCUGGGCCGC